CGUGCGUGUGCGCGGUCACGGGGAGCGUGCGUGUGCGCGCCGUGUUGACGCGAGUGACUGAAGAGGCAACAUGUCCACCGCAGCCGCCGCGCAACUGAACAACAAUGAAGAACCGGGACUCAACGGGUCCUGGGUGGCGCUGGAAAUGAAUGGAAACACUCAACAGCAAAACCUCAGUUUGCCGUCGCUGCUGGGGAAUGGGAAUGAAGGCGAGUCCCCGGCUUCGCAGGCCGUUCAGGAGGAAGCAGAGGUGUUAACCGGAGGACUUGAGCACGUCCCAUCAUCCUCCUCUAUUCAUAAUGGAGACAUGGAGAAAAUAUUACUGGACGCCCAGCAUGAGUCCAGCCCCAGCAUCUCCUCCUGCAACAGCCCACCGCGACCAGACAGUCCAGAGAACGAUGAGGGACAGAUCAUGUUUGAUGUGGAGAUGCCCAGCGAGAGAGACUGUCAGUCAGAGGAUGAUGGUUUGGAGAAGGACAGAGAUGAAGACAUUCUCAUGAAUAAAGGGGAGAGUUGGGUGGCAGAUUGGUCCAGUCGACCAGAAAACAUUCCCCCAAAGGAGUUCCACUUCCGCCACCCGAAGCGCUCUGGAUCCGUGUCUCUCAGCAUGAGGAAGACGGGUGCUAUGAAGAAAGGUGGCAUGUUUUCUGCAGAGUUCAUCAAAGUCUUCAUGCCGUCAUUGCUGCUUACUCACAUCCUCGCCCUGGGACUGGGGAUCUACAUUGGAAAAAGGUUGAGCGCACCUUCCACCAGCUCGUUCUAAACCCCAUCAGACCCCAGUGCCUGGACGUCCCGUCUCGAGUGGAGAAAAAGCAGUGGCCAAACAUGUGUUCAUCAAUCUCUCUCUCAUCCACCCCACUGGCAUCUAGUGUUUGUUUCCGUGGUCCUGGUUCCACUGGUUCACCUGCCGUUUCUUGUUCUCUAAUGCCGUGGCUUAUUGACUUGUAGAUGUUUUUCUUUUUUUAAUUUGCAAAGGUACUACAUUUUCCGUCGACCCUCUGUACGCUGUUUUUACACGUUUGAGAUAGCUAUAUCUAGUCCAGCAAUCUAUCCGUCACUACAUCCAGGCGUUUAUUUCGGCGUGCUGCACUUCAUAGGCGACCGAACAGGGAGUCUGCAGUGGGUUUGUGAUGUACAGCGAGAACGUUCAACAUCUCAUUUACUCCGUUAGGUACCACAUGACAGAAUCACAGUAUUGUGCAGUAUUAAAGUAAAUUGGCUCUUAUCAAGAAAUCUGAUUCUGGGAGGGUUCUGAUGUUUUGAAUUCGAAAUCCAUCCAUUUAUUAUAAGCUUGAUUUUGAUUUAAUGUUUUAUGGGAAUGAAAGCUUUGUUUAAAGAUAGCCAUGUGAUGCUUUAUAUGCGUGGUGUUCUCGUGCCAAUAUGCCACGUAUUGUUCCAACAAAUAUUUAGAGACUUACUUUGCAUAGAAGUGUUCUCAAGCCAUCCGUUUCCUGUUCAAAAUACAUACAUUUAAAAACCUGCGGUUUAUGAACGACAUACUAAAGAACUGAUGAAUAAUAUUGAAUAACCUGUUCAGAUAUCUUCAGUACCUAUCCAGCCUUCCUGUCAAUGUGGUUAAGUUAGUUGGCGCUAAGGUUAAUAUAACAGCAUCACACACUUAUUAGCCUCGAUGCAUCAUAUCCUGCUGCUUCACACCGGGCUCACGGCGGUCUCUGACUGUGUAUCUCAGUGCCAAAGUGUUUCCAGUGUGAUAGUACAUCUGCCAAAAGUAUCGAUGCACCUUGUGCGAACAUGCUUUAAAGACGAUCGCUGCAGACUCUGUUUAGCUGUUUAUUUAUUCCGCGUUUUAACAACACCGUGAACUGUUGAUAUUCCUUUAUGAAAGUACAGUAGAUGUGUAUUAUAAGCUAUUCUGUACAUUUGUCAGGACAGUAGAGACAACGUAUUCCAUACCCCGUCUACAAAUGUUUAUGCAAUGUAGUGUAGCUUUACAGAUAAAUUUCUCAUCAUGUCCGAGUCAAAUUUCCCACCGAGAUCAAAAAUAAGAUGGGGAUUUAAAAUCAUAGUGUUUAAAUAUAGAGACGUUUUCGUUUGAGGAGAAUUGUGGCCUCAAUGUUCUUGCCACGCUUUGUAAGCUUCACUCUUAUGUAUUUUAGUAACACUUUAGCGGAGUUCUACGUUUUAUGAAGCAGUUUUUUUGCACCCAGAUCUUUGUGGCACCUUUCUCACCUUAUGCUUUUACUAUCUCGGAGGGGGAGUGAUUUUGCGUUACUUUAACUGCCCCAUUGCAUGCCGUGUUAUGUAGGAAGUGAAACUGACCCCUGCGUGGGGCAGAAGACGAACUGUGAAUGGAGAAGUUGUAGCUCAAGUCCGUAAUGAUAAACUAGCCCAUCCCUGUAUGUGUGGGGUGGGAUCACGAUCGUAUAUGUUUUACGCACAUUGUUAUGUUUUCUCUCUCUCUAAUAUAUGUUGUUGUUGCUUUUAUUUUUUGCUUGAAUCAUGAUUGUGGAUUCUGGAGGGCGGGGCCCUCGUGACUGACAGCUCCUGGAUGUGUUUCCUUUUGAUAGUGACUGGAGCGAUGAAGCAAAGAUCGUGUAGUUUCUUUUCAUUUGUCAGAUGGAGGAAAGCUGAAUAAUAUUAAAAUGACAAAUAUAACCUCAAAGUAACCUUUUUCUUUUGUUCUCAUUUCAUUAUUGGUUUGCGUGCCCAUUUUGAAUGUUAAGAAAGAUAUAUUAAAAUCGUUUAGAAAAGCAUGCUCUUGUUGAUUUACAUUCAUACCAUAUUGAAGCCGUAGGGUUUGAGAGGCUGUGCUAUACCGGUUUAUAGUUUAUUAAAACACUAUCUAUUCAUUGAAAUCAAAUAUAUGACUUAAUAUACUCAAAGGAUCAGUUCAGCUCUAAAAUGAAAAAGCUGUCAUCAUUUGUAAUUAUAAACUUGUGAUUUUCUUUCUUUUGCAACAAACAAAAGAAGAAAAAUGUUGGUCACCACAAGCCGUCGGGCCCCGUUGACUUCUACUAUAUGGACACAAAACCAGUCCAAGUCAAUGGGGUUCACCUGUUUUCUUUUACUUACAUUUUGCUAAAUAUCUUCUUUUGUAUUCUGCAGAAGGAAGAAAGUCAUACAGGUUUGAAAUAACAAGAGGGCGUGUAAAUAAUGACAGAAUUUUCAUUUUGAAGGUGAACUAUCACUUUAAACUUUUCAGUUUCCUGCUAAGGCAAAGUUUCAGUCAUGCUGAGGCACUGAAAUGAUGUAUCGGAAGAAAACAAAAAGGAAACUAGAACUGAAAUGGAAAUAAAUUAAAACUAAAUAACAACAUUAAAAAUAAAUAAAUAAUAAGCACAACAAAAUUCCUAAAAAGUGUGGUAAUAAAACUAAGGACAGAAUAACUGUAGCCUAUUUCAAGUAGCUUCAAUUAAAAUGCAAAAUUUAAUACAAUUAUAUGACUGUACUAUUAUCUUUUUUUUUUUUACAUUACAUGGUAUAGAAACAGUGGUUCUCCUGCACAUUUCGGGUUUGUUCUUUAUUUAACACAUCUGACUCUAACCAUAAUAAGAAGAGAGAAUAAUUUCUCAUGUUAUCUUAUAUAGAGAUAUAAAUGUGCUGUGUUGAAACAUUAUUGACCUCAGGACCAGAAUAUAAUAAUUAAUAACAAUGAAUCGUAUAUUAUUGGAUACAUAUGGACACAGAACAGGACAAAAUUGGGAAAUGUGUACCUGCUAUAGUCAACUUGUUUGUUUUUCAUGCUUUUUUGCCCAAAAGUGGAUGCAGCCAGAAUAGUUUUUGUAUCAUGUGAAUCUUACCAGUGGGGAAAACCUCACAACAGUUAUCAUUCUUCAUUGACAUACUUCAUAUUCAUCCAUUUUUUUUGACAAAGGCUGCUCAUGUAAGGUGAAAGUGGGUCGUGGCUAAUCUGCAGUCUGCAUGAGUGUGUGUGGUGUUUGAUAUACUGUCGAGUAAAGGGAGUGUCCUCUGACUGAAUGCAUGACUCUUUUGAGCACUGUGAAUGUGGGGUUUUGUAUUUUUAUGGUCUGUCAUUUCCGCAGACAGGCAAGCAUGUGACCUGGGGUCUGAAGGUGGUCUCUCCUGCCCUCAUGCAUGUUACAAGUAAAGAAAAAGCAUACAGGAGACGCUUUUAUUCUGCUACGUGCAAACUUUAAACGUGGAAAGCUUUUACACAUGUACUUUAGUAAUGACCGGGUGUGCUCAGGAACAGAUAAAAGCAUGAACGUAAAAUACAAUUUAUUCACCCUGAUUUCAAAACAGAAUGAAAAUGUUUUAUCCUUGGAAGAUCAAAAGGAUGAAUGAAUCUUCACACUCAUUUAAUACAACAACAGUUUCAGAUGACUAAAGUUAUAGGAAUGAUAUGAGGGUGAAUAAAUGAUGACAGAGUUGUCAUUUAAAGUGAACUAUUCUUUUUGUCUAACUUGAUCAGUGUUAGAUCUGGGAUGCUCAUAUCUCACUCCAUGAAGGAUUCUGGAGAGAAACAUCAGUCUGUUCAAAGAAUCUGAAACAUUUUUGGUUUAGUUUUUCUCUUGUACAUUUACCCGUACAGCUCUCUUUUAUGCACUACCAAAAAUAUAAAUUUUCCUUCACUUGCCUUAAAUAUUGCAUGCAAAACUAUCGUCGUUUGACCGACUGUGAAUCAUUUUAUUCUGACACGCACAUAGUAAACAUCAGCACACACAUACGGCCAUGUACAUCAUAUCUGUUAAUGAUGUUUAGUCUGUGAUCCUUCACAAAAAACAUCUUUUUGGGUUCGAAGUUGUCAUUUUCCGUCCUGAAUGUAUUGACUGUUUCACAACCCUUGUGUAAAUGAUGUCUUGUGUUUUGUUUUCACUUAAGAUAAAUGAUUAAGAAAUCUU